CAGCUUUGGGAUGAAUGUGAACUAGAAGACGCAACCUUCGCCGAAUGCAGCAUUAACAACGCAAACAACAGCUUCCAAGUAAUAACAGCAAGUCGGUGCUUCGUGCUGUGCGCAGACAGCCGCAACGAGAUGGAGGCGUGGGCGGGGGCGCUGCGCGGGGCACUGCACCGCGGCGCCGACGUCGCCGACCUGGUCGCGCGCCUCUCCUCCGGGGACCACCACUGGUACGCAGCAACACACGCGCGGCCGACGUUCUGCAACGUGUGCCGCGAGCCGCUGGGCGCGCUCGGCACUGCGCAUGCGCUGGCCUGUGAGCUGUGCAAGUUCAAGGCGCACAAGCGUUGUGCCUCCCGCGCGCCGCCAUCUUGCAAGUGGAGCACGCUCGCCUCGCUCGGACCGCACGUCGUUGAAGACGCUGAUGGGAGUAUAAUAAUGCCGCAUCAAUGGCUGGAAGGGAACCUACCCGUGGCUGCCAAAUGUGACGUGUGUGAUAAGACCUGCGGAUCCGUGCUCAGGCUACAAGACUUCAGGUGCGUGUGGUGUAGAAAAUGCGUGCACGCAGCGUGUAAACCAAGCUGGCGCGCGUCGUGCUCCCUCGGGCCUGCGCGUGCGUCGGUCGUGCCCCCCACCCGCUUGCACUCAGUCGGGCCGGAUGACGCCUGGGUGCCAGACAGACCUCCCAACGCCUCGCCGCUCAUUGUCUUCGUCAACUCUAGAUCUGGUGACAACCAAGGCGUGAAGUUCCUCCGACGCUUCAAGCAGCUCCUGAACCCGGCGCAAGUGUUCGAGCUCAGCGGUGCCGGGCCGAGAUUAGGGCUGCGAUUGUUUCGGCACUUCGCCCCGCUACGGGUGUUGGUGUGCUCCGGUGACGGUUCCGUCGGCUGGGUGCUGCAGGAGGUCGAUAAGUUGGAUAUGCAUCGGCAAGUGCAAACAGCAGUCCUGCCUUUGGGCACCGGCAACGACCUGGCGCGAGUGCUGGGUUGGGGCGCCUCCUGUGACGAUGCUGCCAACCUGCAACUGCUCAUCGAGCGCUACGAGAAGGCUUCCACCAAGAUGCUGGACCGCUGGUCAAUCAUGACAUUCGAGCGGUCGUUGUCAGCGCCGCCGCCGCCCCCAGUGCCACCUGAUCUCCUAGAGGAGACCACACUCUUGAGGAAUCUGCAGGACAUCAUGCAGGCGGGGUCAGUGGAGGGCGCGGCGCAGGGCUCGCUACGCGCGGGCUGCGCGCGGCUAGCGGCGGCGGGCGAGGCGGCGGGCGGCUCGGCGGCGCGGGCCGCGCACCGCUUGCGCCGCGCGCUCAGCCUGCUGCUGCACGCGCGGGCGCACCUCGCGCAUGACCAUGCCAACUGCAAGUCAUGGGAGCCACUCGACACGACCAGCGACAGCGAGCCUGAAACACAAGCGGUAGCGGAGAAGGGCAGCAUUGAAAAGACUGAAAAGGAGCAGCUGAACCUGGCGGCGCGCGGCUGCUCGCUGGCCGGGCGCGCGGACAGCGUGCGGCGGGCGCUGCGGUCGCUCGUGCGCACCUUGCAGCAACAUUACCCACAGCAUCAUCAAGCGACAGAUUCAUGCGACACCUGCACGAGCGGAGCGGAGGGCGGCGCGGAAGCGAUAAUGGAGGCGGGCGAGGCAGCGGGGGCGGUCGCGGGCGCGGUGCUCGACGCUCUGCCUGUGCCUAAGGCAUUUGCUGAUAGUCGCCGCUCUUCCGCUGCCUCCGCUGUUUCCGCUGCUUCUUUGCAUCCUGAACACAUUCCAGAUGUAGAUGAAGACAUAGCCAAGUUGAUAAGUUCAAACCCGGACCAGAGCAGCCUGGAAGUAGAAGGCAAGCCGGACCGAAGCAAGGCCAGCUCGGCUUCGCCCCAGGAUCGGCUCUCUCUCUCCAACCUCUCCUCCUGUGAUACUAACUCCUGCAGAAACCUCUACAGGCCAGAAACCCGCUGUAAUAGUAGUAGCCUUACCAUACCUAACCUAGUUGUCUCAGAUGAUAGUGAUAAGCGAGACUCGUUAAUACAGGGAGAAACUUAUGAAUCGGACCAAUUGACUAUAAUAGACAUCGAUAAACCAUAUACAGAUGACGUUCACUUCGAGAUGAGUGAACGAGUCACCCCUGCGAGUGGGGAAUGCACACCAGAGAGAAAACUCUCCAGUGUCGAUUUGGAGAUUGACGCUGAUAGUUCCGAAGGGUCCAACAUUAGCGAUGACUUUAGCUUAAUAUCGGAAAUUAUUGACGCUAAGCCCGGCGACAUUGAUGAAGUUGGUGGGAUUACACACAUUGAUUCCCCAGAGAUAUCCGACAACACGUACAUGAACUCCGAAACGUUACAUGGAGAAUCUAUCAUGGAUGAUAUAAGUUCAAUGCUCGGACAAGAGGUCCUUAUGGCUAUGAUGGGGAAGAACGGAGAAAACGAAACAUACACUGAUGAUACGACCUUAUUUACCUCCGACACAGUGUCAGACAUAGCCAUGGACAGCAGAAACCCCAGCUUAGAGAAAAACAAAGACAUGAAAUACAUAUCCAAAAUCAAAAAGGCCAAAGAACCAGAGGUAGAAAAAUUUGGUUUCGAAAAUCGUGUGUUUUACAUUGAAAACGUAACUAAAGCCGAAGAGCAGACCAAAUACGCUAGCUUAGCUCAGUUUGAAGAGGGUAACGACAUAGCAAGGAAGUCAUUCAAAAAGCAAUUAAAAAAGAGUCUUAAAAAACGCGUUGACGAUUCAAGUCUGAAGCAUCUAUUACCAAAAACAGCGGAAGAAUUUCGGGAACAAGACUCGAGACUUUCAACACAAUCACCUAAAGGAUCUCCAAAGGUGAAGAGUCUGAGGGCCGAAGCGAACAGACUCGAUGAUGAGAGACUAGAUCAUAUAGCGUUCCCUCAAGUAAGCGUUGUGGUAGAACCCCCUUCGCCAUCACAUAGCGAAGAUAAAAAGAGCAUUAAAACCUGUGCUAGUCGAAUGGCAUCCGUUCUAAGUGAUAUCUUUGACCAAGCAACGGAUACUCUGAGUGUUCACUCUCCGGAACCCAGCCUUGGACCUCAGAGAGAGAGGAGGCAGUCUGAUAAUCCGAAGUUGCUUGGAUCAGACCCUGAGUACGGAAGGUUCCUGAGUUGUUCCCCUGCCGCUACUCGGAGAAUAUCCUGUGGAAGUCUGUUCAAACCUGGUGAACCUGACAAGCUAUCGACAUCGGUCUCAUCAAUCUGGGGUGAAGGUGGUGCUUCAACGGAGAAGAAAGACCACCUCAGACCUCAAGACGCCAACGAUAAGACCAAGAAACUCCCGAUCAUCAAUCCUCUGGUGCAACUACCCGCCUGGCCUCACGUAACACAGGGUUUCAUAAGCCAAUGUCUCCUGGCCAAUGCCGACGCUCUUUGCGCAGCCGUUAGUCCAUUAAUGGACCCUGACGACACACUGCUUGAAGGGUUCUAUGAACGGGCAGUAAUGAAUAAUUACUUUGGAAUUGGCAUCGAUGCGAAGAUCACAUUGGACUUUCAUAAUAAGAGGGAGGAACAUCCAGAAAAGUGCAGGUCUAGAGCGAGGAACUACAUGUGGUAUGGAGUGCUGGGAUCUAAAGAGUGGGUGAAUAGAACUUACAGACACCUAGGCCAACGCGUGCAGUUAGAAUGUGACGGACAAAGGAUCCCGUUGCCAGAACUUCAAGGCAUCGUUGUUUUGAACAUACCUUCGUUCAUGGGCGGCACCAACUUCUGGGGUGGGACACGAGCUGAUGACAUAUUUCUCGCACCUUCCUUUGAUGAUCGUAUUCUUGAGGUGGUAGCAGUGUUUGGGUCAGCACAGAUGGCAGCCUCGCGGCUCAUCAACCUGCAGAAGCACCGCAUAGCGCAGUGCAGAGCAGUGCAAAUCAACAUCCUCGGCGAAGAGUGCGUGCCUGUGCAGGUGGACGGCGAGGCUUGGCUUCAGCCGCCAGGCUGCGUGCGCAUCAUCCACAAGAAUCGCGCGCAGAUGCUGUGCCGAUCGCGCGCGCUCGAGACCAGCCUCAGGACAUGGGAUGAGAAGCAACAGAUGAAGGCACACGGCACCGGCGCAGGGACGUCGGCGGGCAUGGCGGCAGCCGCGGGCGCAGCUCACUGUGCGCGGACGCAGCUAUCCGCCGCCGAGAGCGCGCAGCUGCUAGCCUUGCUGGAUGACGUCAAUACACUUGUUAAACAUGUGAAGCUGUCAUGCAUCAGCGAGGGAAGUGCGUGCGGGGUUGCGAGCGCGGUGUGGGCGGCGAGACGCGCGGCGGCACGGGCCGACGCGUUACAAGACGCUGACGGAAAGCUGUUACCAGCGCCUCAGCUCCGUAGAAUGCUCGCCACACUGGUGGAGAGUUGUCACGAGCUGCUAGAAGGCGGUAGUAUCGGCGGUGCCGGCGCUGCGGCCGCCGCGUCCUUGCGCGCGCACCUCACUAAGGUCGAAAUACACGAUCAACACGCAUUCCUGCACGCUGAUGAGAUUUCAAAGAAAGGCGGCGCGGGUCGGUGGCUGCGCGGGCGUCGGAGCGUCUCAGAAGGUCCAACUGGAGGCACUAGUUUCACUCCAGCGCAAGUCCGCUCCUGGGGCGUGAAGGAGGUCCAAUCCUGGCUAGAAAGUCUGCAACUUGGAGAAUACGCUGAAGCCUUCGCGAAGCAUGACGUGACGGGGAGAGAGCUUCUUUCUCUAGCGAGGAGGGAUCUGAGAGAUCUAGGGGUGACGAAGGUGGGUCACGUGAAGAGGAUCCUGCAAGCCGUGAAAGAGCUGCAGUGACGACGGCGCGGCCACUCCGCGGGAGAUGGCCACUUGUGAAUGGGACGCGGUCGCAAGGUCCGUGGGGUAAAGACUGACCAACAAAUGCCGGGGAAAAAGUGACUGAAAUCAAAAGUGGGUAAAGUAAGGGCAACACACCCAGGCCAAUAGAUGUCAUCGUAUUGUCAAUAAAAUAACGGGGGAAAAUAAAAAAUGGCGUAAAUAUUCAGAGGACAAACAGCAUUUAAUUUCCUUCGGUUUUGUUGGUCAGACUCUACCGUCAGGAAUUUGUUCACCUGAAAAUCGAUCCUAGAAAUAGAUUGAAAAGAUCUUGUAUAGCCGAAGAUAUAACAAACAUUACAUCGCGUCGCAGGCGUUACUUGAGGUUUUACUUAAAUGAUUAUUAAAUUAUUUAUCAAAGAACGCGCAACAUCAGAAAGUGUUGCCAUACUUUGUGCAUUUAAAUUAAUCGUAACAAAAUAUUCACUGUGUGAACGUAAAAUGUGAUUGUGUCAAGUCUAAUUCUUAGGAAUGUAAAAAUUAUGAAAGUUCGUGAUCGUCUAAUUUAGUGGUUGGUUUCAACAAAUGAUUGAUGGAUGGAUUUAUUAAUAAAAUAAUGACCAUGGGCAGAGAGAGGUAGUUUAAGGGAAGUGAACUAGGAACUAGGUAUUUACCGCUCUACAUAGAUUUUAGAUUCCUUUUUUAUCAAACUGAAGAUAAAUUAUUGGUUGUGGCUGAUAUUCUGAGUGUAACACCCGUAUUUUAAGAUGUUCAGUCAUGAGCAAACACCCACACCCAUGUCAUGUCAUGUACCCACUUUAGGACUCUGUCGCACUAACAUAUUUGACAUUUAGUGAGACUUACAGUUCAAUUUGUCAAAAAAGCUAAUGUGACAUGGUACCACAGUGUAUACAUAUUAAUGCUCGUGACCGUUCACUCGCUUCUGACUCGGCUGAGCAUUUUGGUAUUUUAAGUUGACAUUUACGUUCUCGACUUGAGGACGUUACUCACUUGAGUCCAGCU